CCACCUCCUCCUCUCCCCCCCUCCUCCCCUCUCCCUCCUCUCCUCCCUCCCCUCUCCUCUCCCUCUCCCCCCCUCCCCUCCCCCCCUCUCCCCCCU